AUGGACAGAAAGAGACGAAGGGGAGGCGGAAGUAGGGUGGGUGGAGGAGCUUUCACAUGGUUGCCAGCUUGUGCCCUUGUCGCGCUGUGCCUCUCCACAUGGGUUUGGGCCGACGAUUGGUCGCUGAGCUGCGCCUCCAACUGCACAUGCAAGUGGACGAAUGGAAAGAAAUCGGCCAUUUGCAGCUCCUUGCAGCUCUCCACCAUCCCCACUACUCUGAGCACGGAGCUGCAAGUUCUGGUGCUGAACGACAACCACAUCCCAUAUCUGAAUCGGGAGGAAUUCUCGGCGCUGGGUCUGCUUAACCUGCAACGCAUCUAUCUGAAGAAAUCGGAGGUUCAUUAUAUCCAUAAAGAGACAUUUCGUAAUUUGAAGAUCCUAGUCGAAAUCGAUCUGUCCGACAAUAAGCUGGAGAUGAUCGAUAAGGACACAUUCAUGGGCAACGAUCGUUUACGCAUUCUCUAUCUGAACGGCAAUCCGCUGAAGCGUUUAGUUGCGUAUCAGUUUCCCAUACUGCCCCAUUUGCGCACCCUGGACAUGCACGACUGUCUCAUAUCGUACAUAGAUCCUAUGUCGCUGGCCAAUCUCAAUUUGCUAGAGUUCCUCAAUCUCAAGAACAAUCUGCUCGAAAGUCUGAGCGAGUAUGUCUUCCAGCAUAUGACCAAUCUCAAGACGUUGUCUCUAGAAGAGAAUCCCUGGCAAUGCAACUGCAAACUGCGCAAGUUUCGCAAUUGGUACGUCAGCAGCCGCCUUAGCUCGGUUAGUCUGGUGUGUAAGGGUCCGCCGGCGCAGAAGGACCGCACCUGGGACAGCGUGGAUGACGAACUGUUUGGCUGUCCGCCACGCGUCGAGAUCUUCAAUAACGAGGAGGUUCAAAACAUUGACAUUGGCAGCAAUACGACAUUCAGCUGCCUGGUCUAUGGGGAUCCACUGCCCGAGGUCUCUUGGGAACUGAACGGCAAGAUUCUGGACAACGACAAUGUUCUAUUCGAUGCCGAGAGCAUUGCAUCUGAUAAGCUCUGGAGCAAUUUGACAGUCUUCAAUGUGACAAGCUUGGAUGCUGGAACCUAUGCCUGCACCGGGGCCAAUCUCAUAGGAUCUGUGACGCAAAACAUUAGUAUUUAUCUGACGGAAAUAGUGCAGCAUGUGCUUGUUAAGACGCCCGAGACCUUUUGGUACUUUGGCCUCAUUAUGGGGAUCUUCGGUACAAUCUUCUUGCUGAUUGCCAUCUCCUUCGUGGUGUGUCUGUGCAAGCGGACCACGCGUCAGCAUCGUCAUGCCAACAAGGCGGGCGUGAAAAGCAGUGUCAGCUUCAAUGACCAGGAAAAGAAGCUGCUGGACUCGAGCGUUACGACAACCACCAAUGAUCGAGGAGACAGCUACGGGAUCGACAACAACCCCAGCUCCAUCAACAAGAACGAUUCGGCAUUGGGUUUCAGUCAGAUAGAAAUUCAUGCUGUAGAGAAUCAUCGGUCUGGACUCGGCCAUGGCAGCAUGAUUGUGGGACCCGCCAGUCACCAUCAGCUAGCGGCCACCCAACAACAACAGCAGCAGCAGUCACAGGCGUCCCAUUCAGGACAGCAACAUGUUCAUAUGGCAGGCACACUGCCCCGCCAGCAAAUGAUGACCGUAAAAGAUCCGACGUGUGGUCUGAUCAGCGUACCCACGUCCAUGGCCUCGUAUACGAGCGCCCAUCCACAUCCCAGCCAAAUGUCCGAUGAGUUCCCACUCAACGUUGGUGUUUUUCCGCCACCGCCAGAGUUCUGCUCCAACAUUGUGCCAAAUCCGGCCUUCGGAAACAUCUUUAUUCGUGUAUCCGUAACGCAGGACAUGUUAGAUGGAGCUGACAUCAAUAUGUACCCAGAUCUACUCAACAUACCAAAGCGUCUUCAGGAUGUCUCAGCCACCGGGGUGAUGCAAUGCAGCUCAGGCGGCGACCCUGCCACUCAGACGAUCGAGGGGCAGACAGCUGCCCAGUUUGCCACACUACCGCGUCACACAACCAGGCGCGGUAUUUUAAAGAAAGACCCUUCCCUGCAACAGCAUCAGCAGCAGCAACAGCAACAGCAACAAGGUCUCUACCCUCACGAUGAGAUCGUUUCCUAUCACAAUGUGGACACGAGUGCCUACAGUCAUGAAGCACACCAACUUCAACAUCCACACCAGCCGGCGUACCAUUGUCCGGGCAGCACUGCCAUGGAACUGCCGCCCCCGCCACCACCGCCCGCAGUCACUGCCGUGGCCCAGUGCCAUCACCCGACGGUUCCCGUCUCCGUCUCUGCCGCCAGCUGUGCGAGCUGCAUCAACAACGCGCCACCUUCUGCCUGCAGCACACCCCCCAUAGAGGUGACCACCCUCAGACCGAUGUGCAAAGGGGCGGGGGAGAGUGCCGCCUAUCCAAAAUACGACAACAUGGGACGUCGCAUCACAGCUAGUGGCGCGCUAGGCAACUCCACACUGUCGUUGCCCGAUGAGGAGCGCUACGAGAACGAAACGCUGUUCAAUGAGUCCCAGGAACCAUUGACUUCCGGAGAGUGCGAACAGGAGCAGACGCAGACAAAGACACAGCAAAUGCAGCAGACACAGCAGCAGCAUCAGCAACAGCAACAGGAUUCGACUUCGAGCGUUGACAAAGGCGGUGGCGAAUUCGUCUCCCUCUAGUAUUAUGGAACGCAGGUGUAAAUAGCAGCAGAAGUAGUUCCACCUAUCAGUCAAUAGAUUUGUGCUUCCCUCCCAAGAGACAAACUUUGGCAAUCGUUAUGUUCAUAUCAUUUUCCGAUUGAAGUUGGAAGUUUCCACUUCCGAAUAAUAGGCUUAGGAGCUGACAUACCAACAGGUACGCAAUCAAAUACACAAUCUAUUGACUGUAAUUGCCGAACUCAUUGCCAUUGAAAAAUUAACAAAAGGGAAACUUAUGCAAAAUCAAAAUCAUUUAUAGAGCUGGGACAAGAAAUCGAAAAGCAUUUCAGGCCAAUUCCAAUGCAAACCUGUAUUUCAAUUCAAAUAAUUAACACUUUAAAUUACUGGGAACUUACCACAAUAAGAGUGUAAUUAGGAACCGCCACUGAUGAAAAUUUCAGACAACUGCUGGAACAUAUAUGAAUGAAGUAUCCCGUAAUGAAUUCAGUAGCUUCCUUAAUUGCGUAAGUCCGAAACCACUUGUUUUAAUGGUAAGACUUCCACAGUUUCGUCCUAAGAUCGUUUUAGAUCCAAAUCAGAUUACUAGAUUCGAUUUAUCAAUUACCUUUUCGUUUAUUUUGGGAUUGUUUUGUUCAUGUUUAUUCAGAUAUCAGUUUGCUUUUACGAUUUCCGUUUCAGUCCCGCUAUGAUGUCAUGAUCAAUGCUUUCUUUGCCUGCAUCAUCGCACCGUUUGGCAUAAUCCAACAGUAUAAGUACUACUCGUAUAUAUGUAUAUAGAUGGAAGAAGUAUAUAUGUAAACAGCUUAAUCGUACAUCAUACUAUUUAUGUGUAUCGAAUUUCCCAAAGCUAGCAAACAUUAUUUUAACUCUAGUGCUUGUUGUUGAAAACAGCAAAGUAGGAUAUCUGUAAAUGAUAUAGUAUGUAUGGUACAUGUUCAAAACCGUAAUCGACUAUAGACCAAAACUGAUCUCCAUAAGGUGUACAAAUUGAUAAAUACGAGUAUGCAUAUUACACUUACACUGAUUGCAACUAAAAACGGUCAAACAUUAGUCAUAAUAAUACCGCAUAUACUAUACUUAGUAUUAAUAAGCUGUACGAGUACUAUACUAUAUGUACAGGAAUCGCAUGUUUAUUAGGGUGCUAGAAAUUGAGGACGAUUUUUGCUUUUUGGCCCCGAGUGCUCGACUUCGUUUCUGUUCUCACCCUUACACUUACACUUACACUUACCGACGUACAGUAUGUAACAUUUAUAGUACAUAUACAUACCUAUAUAUAUAUAUAUAGGUACACAUGGUCCUCCGUAGGUUUGUAGAUAUAUAUUUCCUUUAUACCUCCCAUACGAGUACACGUACAUGUACAUAUUUAACCAGCAAUUAUAUACUUUUUAACAUGUAGACUAACGCGAUGUUCCCAUUAGGAAAAUCGCACAAAAUUAUUAAGAAUUUAUUUG